UAUUUUUCAAGCAUUGUUUUAUUUAGCAGAAAUCCCCAUGAAUCUUAUCGAUUCUGUUUUCUCAAAAAUAUCAGAAUAUUUACAAACAAUCUUAGGAGAUGGUCCGUUAUCAAAAUUAAUUUCAGAAGGUUUAAUACCCGGAAUAGGAGGUAUAAUAAUAUUUAUACCCCAAAUAUCAAUAUUAUUUUUAUUUCUUACAUUAAUGGAAGAGAGCGGUUAUAUGAGCCGAGUUGUAUAUUUGAUGGAUAGAUGGAUGAAACCAGCAGGCUUGAGUGGUAAAAGUGUCGUGCCAUUAAUAUCAGGAGUUGCGUGUGCUAUACCCGCAGUUUUAGCUGCAAGAAAUAUCGAAAACUCUAAAGAAAGGUUACUUACUAUUUUGGUUACACCUUUUAUGACAUGUUCUGCUCGUUUACCAGUUUAUGCUAUAAUUAUUUCGAUAGUUAUACCUCGUGGAGAAUGGUGGCUAUUUAACUAUCAAGGAAACUAUGGACCAAAUGAUUUUAACAAAAGUGAUACUUCAAAAACUACAUUAGAAAAUUCAUUUCUUGGUAUUUUUGGUCAUUUCAUUGAGCCUACAAUAAAACCUUUGGGCUAUGACUGGAAAAUCGGUAUCGGUUUAAUAUCUUCUUUUGCUGCCAGAGAAGUUUUUGUACCCACUAUGGCAACUAUUUACAAUAUUCAAAAUACAGAUAAUCAACAUUCUUUGAUUUCUAAAAUGAAAAAUGAGAAAAAUUUUAAUACUCAAACCCCUACUUUUACCUUUGCCAGCGGAAUAUCAUUAUUGCUUUUUUAUGCCUUUGCUAUGCAAUGCCUUAGUACAUUAGCAGUGGUGAAAAAAGAAACUAAUAGCUGGAAAUGGCCAUUGUUUCAAUAUUCAGAAAACCAUUACAAGGAUAAAAUUGAAGGAAAAACCAAAAUUGGAGUUUUUGUAAAUGAUAAUAUAGAUGAAAUUACUAAUAAAAUAAAAGAAUAUAAUCUAAAUGGAAUUCAAUUACAUGGAGAUGAAAACCCUGAAUUUUGUAAAUACUUUAAAAACAAUAAUAUACUAACUAUAAAAGCUUUUGGAAUAGAUAAAGAUUUUGAUUUUGAUGAAUUAAAACUAUUUGAA